UUUCUUCAUGUGACAGAAUUAGGUCAUAAGGAGGCGGGCCAAGUGGGGGGUGAGUGGCCGCGGAGGAGAGGUUACUAUGAAGCUUAUAAUUCUAGACAAUUAUGCUCAGGCCAGUGAAUGGGCUGCAAAGUACAUUAGGAACAGGAUAAUCCAGUUUAAUCCAGGACCAAAUAAAUAUUUUACUCUUGGACUUCCCACUGGUAGUACCCCAUUAGGAUGUUACCAAAAACUGAUAGAAUAUUGUAAGAAUGGAGAUCUCUCUUUCAAAUACGUGAAAACCUUCAAUAUGGAUGAAUAUGUCGGUCUUCCAAGGGAACAUCCAGAGAGUUACCACUCCUUCAUGUGGAAUAACUUUUUCAAGCACAUUGACAUCUCUGCAGAAAACACUCACAUUCUGGAUGGGAAUGCAGAUAACCUACAAGCAGAGUGUGAGGCAUUUGAAGACAAAAUAAAAGCAGCUGGAGGAAUAGAACUCUUUGUUGGGGGUAUUGGUCCAGAUGGUCAUAUUGCCUUCAACGAACCAGGGUCAAGCCUGGUAUCCAGAACUAGAGUGAAGACAUUAGCUAUGGACACAAUAUUGGCUAAUGCUAGAUUCUUUGAAGGUGACCUUUCCAAAGUGCCAACAAUGGCUCUCACAGUUGGAGUGGGUACAGUCAUGGAUGCCAGAGAGGUUAUGAUUCUGAUCACAGGAGCCCAUAAAGCGUUUGCAUUAUACAAAGCAAUUGAAGAAGGAGUGAACCACAUGUGGACUGUUUCUGCCUUUCAGCAACAUCCACAAACUGUCUUUAUAUGUGAUGAUGAUGCCACUCUGGAGCUUAAAGUAAAAACUGUGAAGUAUUUUCAAGGGCUGAUGCUUGUUCACAACAAACUAGUGGAACCACUCUACAGCAUGAAAGAAGUUGGAGCAGAAAGUCAGUCUGAAAAACCCUACAGUGACUGACCUCUCAGGAGCCUGAGCAACUGGCUAAGUAGAUCUUUCGUUACCAUUACAAGUUGGUGGAGAGCAGCCUUUCAAUAUGCAAAAUACAGUAUUGGACUCAGUUAUUGGAAAGUGUCCUUUUUUUCCUCCAGGUGAGGUAGUAGGAAAAAAAUGCAUCCCAGCUGCAUUUAGCACUUCAGGACUAAUUAAACAUCAGUUUCCCACUGUUUUAAGAACUUAGACCAAACGAGGUAAUGGCGACUCCAUUUUCUUAAUAAAUGUGUUUAAGGGUUGCUGGGAUGGAGAUUUUAACAUUAGAAUCUUAGAUUAUAUAUAGAAAUGAAAUCUGCAGACUCUGAACUUUUCAUUACUUUUUGUAUAUUAAAGGCAUAAAUGUUUGUAAACAAAUUUGGGUAUAUUUAUUCUGUAAGAGUUGGAAACAUGGAGUUGGAUUUUAUGAGAAUGCAGUUUUUCAGGAAUUGAAAAAAACAAAUGAAAAGAAGUUUUUCAAAUAGUCUGCUGUGCCUCUACUCUUAAUGUGGAAAUAUCAGACUUCUCCAAAGUGGUACAAUUACGUAUUGUGGGGAACCAUCCCACUCUUGGUUCUUGUUCUCCAUUAUUACACAACCUGAUGUCCUUUUGCUAGGAAUUCUGAGUUGCAAUUCAAUCUGGAAGAUACUAAGGUGGGAAAAGCCAAUGCAGAGCUUCUAAGAGUGCAGAAAAAACACCGCUCUCUUCUUUCACUAUUCCCUAACUGUAGGAAUAUCAUAUUUCCAACUUCUGUACACAAGCAUUGAGUCCAUGCUUAACACACUGCAGAUACGAAGAGCGGACAUCCUCAUGUCAGCCUGGCUUACAAGUAUUUCUUCCUGAGUCUCUCUGGACAGGCAUUUUUUGCAAAUUUGAAUGGAACAAACACUUUUAUUAAUCAGAAAGAUUAAACAAUGAGUCUUUUCAUGGAUUGACCUGCCAACAGGCUCCAGUACUAUUUUGUGGAAACUGAAGGAUGGCUACAAAAUGAGUGUUAUGGCUAAAGGCAGCCAUAUGCAAAUAUCUGUUUCUCAGACAAACUAGCAAGGCCAGAAGACCAGUAAUUUGUCAAAUUACAAGCGAGACAGGGUACUGUAGAAGCGUCAAAGUACAGACCUGUUAUUUGAACCUACCAUCUUCUCUUUCAUAGAACCUCACCCUUUAAACUUCAUUCUCCAUCCAUGUCAUGAUAAUCAAUACCUAAGAGAAUGUCAGGCAGCAUCUUAUCCAUGCUAGCAGGACGAAGAGUUAAGGAUUUCUGGGCCUGAAGAAAUCACAUGUUUUUACUCUACACUUUGCUCCCUGGAGAAGAAUAGCAAACAAAUUGGCUAUAUUCCAUUGCUUUCCACUUGUUCUUGGAUCAGUUUUAGUGAUGACGGUGCUAGCUAAAAGAGGAGCACAUGGUGAAAUUUUAAUGUGCUUGUUUAAAUGUUCAGUGCUCUUGAAAAUUAGAUCUUAGAUCACACCCAUGAAAUUAGUAGCAGCAAACAAAAGCAGUUUUCUAGAUACUCUGAAGUGCUUCUGUGUCUCAUCUAUCGAUAAUCAAAAGUAUCUCGAACAUGCAUGAUUACAGCUUCAUUCAUUUCUUUAGCUUUUAAUUCUGGCUAGACGCUAAUCAUCCUCCUCAUCCCAAAGGUAAUUAUCAUUUUGUGCAGCUUGAAAUAGCCUGAAAGACAAGAAGAUUGAGUUGUAAACAAGAAAAUAUUUUACCAACAUGGUAACAACUCGUGCCUAUAUUUCUGUUGAGAGCUCCCAUCCAAAAGAGUAGCAGAAUCACAUCGCAAAACUAAAAGUUCAUUUUCAAAACUAGAUUUCUUCACAACUAAGCAGUUUUGCACUGUUAUUUUAUUUGUAAUAUCAGAAAUCACAAACGAACAUGUUAUGUUAAAAAAGAUAGUGCUCUUCUCCACUUUCAGUAAAGAGAACAAUCUUACUAGUACUCAGGCAAUGACUUAUCAAAAAAAAUGGUAACAUUAUUGUUUGUAACAGCAGAGACACUUUUUUCUGGACUUCCUCUUUCUGGAAACAAUGGUUCUCAUCUCUUUUAAAGUUAAAUAUGUAUAAUAUACUUUUUAUUGUUCUUUUCAAGUAAGUACUGAUAUUAUA